AUGGCGUUCUUGAAUAAGGUCAAGAAUCUGUUUCGGGCGAAUACGACAGAGAAAAAACUACCCAGCUAUAUACAGGACAAUGUAAAUCCACGGGACCACUGGAAUAUCAUAGGCGAGCUUGGCGAUGGAGCAUUUGGAAAAGUAGAGAAAGCCGUGUCGCGAACAGACCCAAAACUUUUUGCUGCCUCAAAAUCUAUUGAAAUUCAGGAAGGAGAAGAACUGGAGGACUUUUUGGUGGAAAUUGAGAUUCUGUCAGAGUGCAAAGGACAUCCAGUCAUGUUGGGUCUUUACUCGACUUAUUUCUUUGAGAAUAAACUUACGAUGCUUUUGGAAUUUUGUGGAGGUGGUGCCGUUGACAACAUAAUGUUGGAACUUGGACAUCCGCUCAAGGAAGACCAAAUUCGAUACAUCGGCUACUACGUCUGCGACGCUCUAAAAUGGCUCCACUCCCAGAAUGUCAUCCACAGAGAUCUCAAGGCUGGAAACAUUCUACUCACGAACGACGGACAAGUCCGACUCGCUGAUUUUGGAGUUUCCGCAAAACUCAAAAGCGAAAGAGAGAAGAGAGAUACCUUCAUCGGCACCCCAUAUUGGAUGGCUCCUGAGGUGAUGGCAUGUGAAACGUUCAAGGAUCAACCAUAUGACUGUAUUUCUGACAUCUGGUCAUUUGGCAUUACGCUUAUUGAAAUGGCACAAUGCGAACCACCACACUCGGAUGUAUCCGUUAUGAGAGUCAUUAUCAAAGUGCAGAAGUCAGAGCCACCAACGCUACUUCAACCAUCUCACUGGACCAAAACAUUCAGUGAUAUUCUCGCAAAAUGUCUAGUGAAGGAUCCAAGAUAUCGACCAAAUGCAACUGCAAUCUUUGAGCAUCCCUGGUUCAAUAAUGCUCCGUCGAAGAGAAAGAUGAUCAUGGAUCUUCUCACAGAAAUGAACGCUGAUGUUCAGGAAGAGCUGAUCAUUGAUGGAGAUGAGGAAUCUGUCGCUGGAUCUGACGAAAACUCACAGAGACGAGGGGACUCUUGGAGCUCAGCUUCAGAAAGCCCUCGACCAGCAACAACGGAAGGAUUCAAGGUCCCUGUACUUCCACCGAAUAUCGAGACACCACCACCAGACACUCCACACAAGAAACGAGCUGCUCCACCGCCGCCGCAAGAAGCCAAAGCUGCACAGGAGUCGCCGGUGCUCAAUGGAAAAUCGGAUAAUUCCAGUUAUGCAGAGUUCUCCUUCUCCAACAGCAACACCUUCUCUGAAGGCAACGCCGAAUUCUCCACACCAUCAUCCAACAAGAGUAGUGUGCAUCUUUCCACACCCGCUGUUCUUAGCCUAAAUACCAGCGGAAGUCCAUCAUCUGGUGCUAGCGAAUUUGUCAGCCCUCGUCGUGAAGCUCUCAGCAUCUUGGACGAGCUCACCACUACGCUGGACGACGAACAGAGCUCCAACUAUUUCAACUCUCCAAGAUCCGAGCGGCAGUCGCCAAGACAGUCGCCUAGUCAGUCUCCACAGAAAGAGCAGAAACAAGAUUCUACUGUCCAACAUUCAAUUCGCGAUACGAUCAUGGCGAAUCGGGCUAGACCUUCGUUGAGUCCACAGUUGAGACGUAAGUUGCACUCUGACACCAGAGGCUGGUUUUUAAUAUUCAACGUUUUUUUAGAUCUCUCUCCAUCCAACUCAUCAUCAUCCUUCGAGGAGUCUGUCAACCUCUCAUUCCACAAGCUCGAGCCAGCUGACCACGCGGGAUACAUUGUUGCAAAACAGCAAAUGGAAAAAGUCACUGCCACUAUGCAAGAGCGUGCUAUUGCUCAUGCACAAUCUCAAGAUCGCUUGUCAGACACAUCAAGCGAAAAACUGAGACAAUCAGCGUCAUCUGAAGGAACGGCCUCACCAAAGAGAAUCAGUAAGGAACGAUCGUCUUCUCCACAUGGACAACCAGAAACUGUCUUCAAAAAGCCAUCACAAGACAUGUCCACAAGCUUUACGGCCCGGGAUUCUCCAUUCGGAAAAUCUGAGCUCACAGUGUCCGCCACGUCGACACCAGCCAAAAUCAGAGCCGCACCACAACGUGCUGAAUCUAAUCAUUCUGUCAGAACAAGCACGUCUUCUAACUCGAUUCCACAUCACUCGGCUUCUUCGUCCACCGACUUUGUACCAACGCCGAUCCCAGCGCAGCCAGAGUACUUUGAUAUUCCAAAGCAUCAUUAUCAGAAAGACAAGACGACUCCACCUCCAGAGCCACCAGUCGACUACGAAGGUAAUGCGAAGGAGAAUGCUGCACCAGUUCCAGUUCAGAAGAUACUGCAACCUGCGGUUCCAGCUCCAUCUACAUCCACGGCAGGAUCGAAGGCAAGUACGAGCACAGCAGCGAAGCCACUUGGAGGUAGAAGAGAUGGAAACCGGCAGACGAUCACGAAGAAAACGAGAACAUACAUGAUUGAUGGUGUGCAAGUGACUUCGACGACGGUUCAUGUGCUUGGAGUUAAAGAUGACAAGGUUCAAAGAAAACAACAACUACACGAUCUCCGACGCCUUCAACGAGACGAAGCCCGACAGAAGCAAGAACUUCAAGCCGAGGGAAUCAAGCUUGUCGACGAGCAAGCAAGAAAAUUCGUAUCGGAGCAGACGAACCUUACACGAACCUCGGAACUAGAAAUGGAUGCAAUGGAGAGACGCCAGCGCAAAGAAAUCGAGGAUACCGAGGGAUCACAAGAGCAAGAACUCCGAAAUGCUCAGAAACGACUUCGCAUCGAACAGGAGAAGGAUAUGCGGGCAUUCAAGGAACGUCUGAAGCAAGAAAUGAAGAUAUUCAAGCAGGAAUUAACUAUGCUGUCCAAAGUUCAAAGGAAGGACGCGUUGAAACAGCGCAAGGAGCAAAUUGAGCAUGAGCAUCAACUCAAGGAGAAGGAUUUCCUGAUUCAACUCCAGCAAAAUGCCGAAGCCAUGCUUCAGAGGAUGGCUGAGAAGCAUAAGGAGCGAAUGGCAUCGAUUGAGAAGCAAUUCUUGAUGCAAAAACACAACUUGCUUCGGGCCAAGGAGAACAACAUUUGGGAAUUGGAAGACAAGCAAAUGAGGGAAAAUCUAAUUUCGCAACAUUCCAGAUUCGUACUUCAUCGUAAACUAUUCAAAGAUGAAUACUACCUUCUCCGAACUCAGAUGCUUGCCCGCCACCAACGUGAAAUGGCUCAAAUCGAGAAGAAUCAUCAAGAAGAAGAAGAGGAGCUCAUUCGAGCUCUGACCAAUGAUCGCAAGAAACUCCCGAAAAUGUUGCGUGCUGAGACUAAAACUCGAAGUGUCAUGUUCAAAGAGAGCCUCCGCAUCAGUGCUACAAACAUGUCGAAUGCAGAAAUGCAAGAACGAAUUCGGAGAUUCGAUGAGCAGGAGGCGUUACGAAUGCGCAAUGCGUUAGAGGAGCACGAUGCCAAGUCGCAGAAGAAGUUGCAGGCCUCAAGGAACGUUGUCGAGCUCGACGAGAUGCAAAACGAGAAGCGUAAGCAGUUGUUGGAAAAGGAGAGGAAUACCAUGAAAGAACAUGAAGCUAAGUACCAUGAGAUGCGCGAGAUGUGGCAGGAGAACUUGAUUGCUAGAAAGACGGUACUGGAAGAAAAGUUCGAGGACGAGCUUUCAAAGCAAGAAGUCUUCUACGGAAUGUCCUACACACCAUCACAGGCUUCCACCCUCUCCGGUCGACACAUGCCCUAG